UAAUGAUAAGAACGAUUUUUGUAGUAAUAUAUAUUGUUUAUUUACAUGACAUUUGAUGAUAUACAUACAAGCAUAUAUUUCCGACUACAUUUUUUGCAGAACCUCCCCAAUUGCACACUACUACGAAUUCACGAUUUAUUCAAGUUAUUGUGUUAACGGAAAUGUAUUUUACAAUAAUAAUAAAUUUCUACAAAUCCCGAUAAUAUACUGUAUAUAAUUUCAUUGACUCAUAGCAAGUCCAACAAGAUCAUGGCCGUUUUGAACGAUGUUCUAUUGACCGAUUCGACAACGUGCUGUUGUGACCUGUUACCGAGGGAAGCACUAGAUCUAUUUGGCGCUCUAUUUUGAUGUUUCAAAACGAAAACAAAAUGACACAACCUGUCAACCGAGAGAUGCCUGCACAGUGACUACGAUAUAUGUUGUUAUAUUUACAGAAGAUGGACACGUUCGUUUCCAAACCCAAUGCCGAUCACUGGCAGAAAGUUUUAUCCAAUUAUGGCGAGGUUUUCGCAGCCAAAACUGGCCGAAUGAAGAAGGAGAAGGGCACAGAGUUGCAGGAUCUAGAUGAAUGGUACCAAACUGUCCUCCCCACUUCUAUAGAUGACAGAGAUGGAAAACAUGUCACACAUGAUGAACUGGUGAAGCUCAUGAAGUGGAAGUUGUUGAGGGGUAAGUUCCGACCUCGUCUGCAGCAGCUUGUGACCUCCAAUGCACCGGAUGAUGUGAUAAGCACCAGUAAGAAGGCAUUCAAAGCGUUGCCCGAUGUGUCGAGUGCUAUCAAGACUCUGUCACUUCUGAAGGGUGUGGGCCCAGCUACAGCUUCAGCCAUACUGGCUGCAGGGAGCCCAGAGUACAGCCCCUUCAUGGCUGAUGAAAGUAUGCUGGCCCUGCAGACUGCACCUCUGACCUACACACACAAUGCCUACCUCGACUUCCUGCAGGAAGUACAGGCCAUCUGCAAACAGCUGAAGCGUCAAGAUAAAGGGUUUCACUGGACCCCAAAGAAAGUGGAGUUGGCCCUGUGGACCUACCAUGUUGGGAAAGGGCUGACACCUGAUACAAUAGAAAAAAGUUUCACGUCCAAAACACUGAAGAGAGUGAACGAUAAUAAUGAAGAACACCUACCUAAGAAGAAAACAAAAUGAUUUUUGUGAUGAAUGACAGAAGCCUGAAUAAAUUGAGAUUACAUUA